UUAAAUAAACGCAAUGGGAUUUUUGCCCAAGCCCUGAACAAUUUAUACAAGAACAAUUUAUUAAUGCCAGGUAUUUGCCAGUACAACGCCCUGCAUCCGCACCUCCGUGAUGCAUUUCAACGCCCGCUCCAUUCCAACUUCACAUGAAACCCCUUCUCCCUUGUACUCAGAACUCAACCUCACUGCUAUUUCUCUCUGCUUUCACUCUCAAGCCCCAAGUAGUACUCCACUUUCUCAGGCCAUUCUCUUCAAUCUCCACCAGGAGACCCAAAUGGAACUCAACCACCAAUGUUAUCAUCACCAACCCUACUCUGCUAAUCAUGGAGUCAUGCACGACCAUGCUCCAACUGAAGCAAAUUCAAGCCCGCAUGACCGUCAAUGGCCUCAUUACUCACACAUUCCCUGUGAGCCGGGUCGUAGCCUUUUGUGCUCUUGCUGACAUCGGUGACGUUAAUUAUGCCCAUGAGCUUUUUUCUCAAAUCGAAAAGCCCAAUACUUACAUAUGGAAUACGAUGAUCAGAGGCUACGGUAAAGCUAAAAUUCCCACUGUAGGUUUUUGGUUUUUUCGUCGUAUGGUAAGAGAACGCGUCGAAAUGGACCGCCGGAGCUUUGUUUUUGCGCUCAAGGUGUGCGAGCAGUUUUGUGCAAUUUCAGAGGGGGAAUCAGUUCACUGUAGGAUUUGUAAGAUGGGUUUUAGUUCGGAUUUGAUAGUACAAAAUGGAUUGGUUCAUUUCUACGCUGAGCGCGGGUGUUUGGAUUUUGCGCGUAAAAUGUUCGAUGGAACUCUGGUGAAGGAUGUUGUUACUUGGACCUCAAUAAUUGAUGGGUAUGUGGUGCAUAAUUUCUCGGAUGAGGCCUUGGAAUUGUUCAAUCUGAUGCUGCUGAGUGAUGUUGAGCCAAAUGAGGUUACCAUGAUUGCAGUACUUUCGGCGUGCUCACUGAAAGGGGAAUUAAGUAUGGGGAAAAGUAUCCAUGAAUACAUACAAAAGAAAAAAAUUUCUUGGAGCCCGAACUUGCAAAACGCCAUGUUGGAUAUGUAUGUAAAAUGUGGUAGUUUGGUCACUGCUAGGGAGAUUUUUGACAACAUGAAGAAUAAGGAUGUGUUUUCAUGGACUAGUAUGGUUAAUGGGUAUGCAAAGUUCGGGGAAUUGGAGCUGGCAAGGAAGUUUUUUUAUGACAUGCCCGUGAGAAACGUGAUUUCUUGGAAUGCAAUGGUUGCUGGUUAUUCUCAAAAUAAUCAACCAAAGGAAGCUUUGAAAUUAUUUCUUGACAUGGUAGAGGCAGGAUUGGCGGCAACAGAAAACACUUUGGUAUGUGUGCUUUCUGCUUGUGGUCAACUGGGUUCAUUGGAUUUGGGUCAAUGGAUUCACCACUAUUAUAUCCAUCAAAAGCGGAUUCAAUUUAGUUUGAUUCUGGAAAAUGCUUUUGUUGACAUGUAUGCAAAAUGUGGGAGUCUUCAUGCGGCUGCAACUAUCUUCAAUGAAAUGGUGGAGAGAGAUUUGGUUUCCUGGAAUUCCAUGAUUACCGGAUAUGCAUCUCACGGACAUGCUACAAAAGCCCUUGUCCUGUUCGAGCAGAUGACCCAAUUGGGAUUUAGGCCAGACGAAAUCACAUUUGUGGGUGUGUUGUCAGCUUGCAGUCAUGGGGGUUUAGUUUCAGAAGGUCAAGACUAUUUCAAAAGCAUGAAAAGAAAUUUUGGGAUAGAACCAAAAGUUGAACAUUACGCUUGCAUGAUUGAUUUGUAUGGUCGAAUUGGGCAACUAGAAGAAGCUUAUGAAUUAAUAGCAAAAAUGCCAAUGGAAAGUGUAGCAGCAUGGGGUGCUCUUCUUAAUGCUUGUAGAAUGCACGGGAAUGUCGAGCUGGCUAAGGUUUCUGCCUAUAAGCUGUUAGAGUUGGAUCCUGAAGACAGUGGCAUUUAUUCAUUACUGGCAAAUAUUUUGGCUCACGAGGGAAGAUGGGGUGAUGUAAGGAUGGUGAGAAGUAUGAUGAGAGAGAGGGGUGUCAAGAAGAGUCCUGGACGUAGCUUGAUUGAGAUCAAGGGUGAGUUUCAUGACUUUUUGGUUGCUGAUGAAUCACACCCUCAAUCUGAAGAGAUAUAUAGAGUAUCAAACCAAAUAUUUUUACUGUGCAAACUGGAGGACUGUAUGCCUAAUGACGACAAACUCAUAAACUUUCAUAUGGAUUGUGAUGAGUUACAGGUUUCAGAAGAAUUUUAAAAAAAAGAUUCAGAAAAGAUUUUAGAAGAAUCUGUUGACCAAAAAGCACAUAACAUGGACCACGGUCUUCGGGCCUUAAACAACUGGUGGUAGGCAAAAAUGCUAUGGACAACCGGCCCGUAGCCCCGCCUUGGCAUCGCGUCCGAUGUGGCUAAAAUGGAAAAGGCGUAGUUUUACAAAACAGAACUGCUACAUACCCCCGGGGAAUAACCCCGCCGCGGCCCCGGGGUUGACGUGGCAAUUAAAAUAAUAAUAAAAAAAUAAUAAGCUUAAAACAGAAACAAGCUGCGCGAGGAAGAAAAUUAUUUUGAUGAAACAUUGCAGAGAAAUCAUGAAAAGCAGAGACAUCGAACGCCGUCGCUAACGUGCCGUCUUCCAUUGCUUAAACCAUCUGAUUGUUGAGGUCGCCGUCAUCACGUACCCAUUGCUCUAAGUCGCAACAGGGUGGGUGAGAGAUUUAGUCAGCAUUUCUUCUGGGUAUUUUUUGGGUCUUUAUCAGUAUUAUUGGGUCUUCAUCGGCAUUUCUCCUGGGUACAUAUACGAUCAUUUUCUUGUUUGUGGGUCUUCUUUGAUGGAUUUCACAGUAGCUAGUCUUUUGUUCUUCUUUAAUGGAUUUCUUGUUUCUGGGCACACUUCAAUGAGAAGUAUUAAGUAUUUUUAUGUUUA